AUGAUAAUGAGUGAGAGUUUGGAUGCUAUUGAUGUUAUACCUUUAACGUUUCCUCCAGAGGUUCUCUCUAGAAUUUCUCCAGAAUUGUCAUUACAAAGGCAUUUAUCAUUAUCUUUAAGACCAUCAUUGAAGGGCUUACAAGAGUUUAGAGAAGUAAAUAUCGAGAACAAUUUGAUAUCUAGGUAUAGUAAUGACAACAUACCAAUUAAUGACAAGGACAACACUGUGAUUGGGUCCAAUAUAUUGAAAUGUGGAAGGACUAUAGUAAUGACUUCGAUAACCGCGGGAAUAAUUGAAAGUGAUGUUCAAGAUUCACUGAUUGAUUAUGGUGAAAGAGAAUUAAUUGAAAUGUGUGGUGAGCGUGAUACCAUUUCAAAGUAUUCGACUGUUUAUCCAGUUGUAGAAGUUGAAAGAGGCCGUGGUGGAGCUCCUCCAAGUGAUGAAGAGAUGAAUGUAUCUCAAAAAUUACAUGAUUGCUUAUUACAAUCAGGUAUACUUUCGAAGGACAAUUUAAAGAUUAAAUGUGGGAUACGAACAAUUGAUUCAGAAGGAACAGUUUCAAUAAAAUACCCUGAAGAUAACGACAAUGAUAUUUUGGAAGAAUUGAAUUCAAAAAGACAUUGGUCAUUUAUAUUAUAUGCAAAGAUUGAUGUAUUUAGUAGAACAGGACCAAUAUUUGAUAUGUGUUGGAAUUCGUUGAUAUACGCAUUGAAGAACACUAGACUGCCAAAAGUUUUCAUUGAUGAUAGAGCUAUGAGAUUAAAAAAAAUGGUAAGGUCAAGAGGCCGUAGUGCUGCUGUUAAAGAGACUUAUAACAUGUUAUGCCAUGAGACAGAGAAUGAACCAUUACAAUUGAAUGAUGAAAUGAUAUCAUAUGCAUCAAAUUAUGGUGUAGUUGCUGUGGAAGAUGAAGAAGAAGGAGACGAGAAGACAAAAGUUUUAAUUACUGAUAUCGACGAAGAGAGUGAAGAGAGCAGUGUCCAGAGCACGAUGUGCAUAAUAUCUGGUGAAGGAAGGUUGAAGAGUGUUGAAAUUAUUGGAGGAGGGAGUACAGUAGGAAUUGAAGAGAUCAAAAAUGCGAUUGCAAUUUCACAGAUUAGAAGUAAAGAUUUGAAAGAAGUCUGGGACAAGAAAUAA